UAAUCUCAGAACAAAUUAUAUACGCUGGGAGAUAUUAGGUUUACAACAAGGAGAUAUGGCUGUCAAGACUUGCUUGUCAUCAACCUUUGUUUUUCUUGCUAUCAUUCUCCUAGGUAGGGCAGUGGUUAUCGAUGGAGCAGUCUGCAGAGAGGAUUUGGACACAGGCCUGUGUAUCUAUGGCCCCCCAAAUGAAGAAUGCAUUAGAUAUUGCAAAGAACAUUUCGAUGGCUUCAAUGCAUUCUGCCAAUUGAUAGAUUCGAAAACGGUUCCAGAAGUUCGAACCUGUAUUUGUGAAUUCAAUUGUUAAAAACUCUAGAAAAAGGAGAGGGAUGGAGAUCGAGGAAAUAAAUAUGGGAUUAUGCCCAUUAUUGAUUAAUAACCAUUUACUAUUUGGUUGUUAUAAAUUUAUAGUAAUCUUUGGACUA